CAAAAGGAGAGGAGCAGCCAAUCUCACUCCUGUUCACACACACUCACUCUCACACGCGGGUGGAAACUCCUUGCUCUCUUCAUCCCCCUCUUCCUCCGUCCACAGGAGCCGGAUUUCCCAACUUGCUUCUUUCCUCUCUUGAUGCCAAAGAAACAGCAACAAAAUAUGGUUUGACCUGCAGAAAAUCUGUCACAAGAUGGGGGCGUCUCUGUUUGAAUGUUGACCAUAAGAAGAUGAAACUGCAGCACAGAUAGAAUGACAGCAAACAUUGAGUCAGCUCUAUUGUAUCAGCUUUAAGCUCAGCAGGGCCUGCAUGCAACCCCCUUCAGCUCCAAAGAAACAAAUCAGUCUUACUGACCAGCCAAAGCAAUAGGAGGACUGCAUUAGCAUUUCCAUUGAUCUCCUGUUUAUUUUUAACUACUCCUGCCUGUUUGUGUUCGACAAGCCAUGGACACUGACACAAUACCGCAGAUUAAUGUGGAGGACAUCAGUCGUGUGGACUAUGACAACCUGGAGGUUGCCACGGAUGACCACUUGAGAACCCUAAAGGCCUUGGCUGACAAGCUGAGGCUAGAAACCAGAAGGCCAUCCUAUCUAGAGUGGAAGGCCCAAGUGGAGAGUCAGAAUGCCAAAGAACCGUCUGAACCAGCGUCCCCUGAGCCGGGUCAGGCUGCUGAACAGGAAGACACAGAAAUGCCCAAACAAAACGGCCAAGCUUCUGACUUCAUACAAGAGAGCAGUCUGACCUCAAGAAACCUGAAAGGCUUCGGAAAUAUUGAUGAGGCUCUCAUCUGGCUCAGGAAAGAACUGGAGGAGAUACGUCUGCAGGAUCAGCAGCUGGCACGCCAGCUCAUGCGUCUGCGAGGCGACAUCAACAAGCUGAAGAUCGAGCAGACGUGCCAGGUGCACCGGCGGAUGCUCAACGACGCUACCUUUGGCCUGGAGGAGCAGGAUGAGCUCUCUGAUCUUCUGUGUGACGGUCCUGUCACUCCAGGGUUUGGUCUCUCAGCACCGCUCCGUCUGAUCGGAGUCACUAAGAUGAACAUCAACUCUAGACGCUUUUCCCUUUGCUAGCCUGACUGUAAACAAGGUUAUCUUCUACAUGGUGAUACAUCUCCUUCAUGUUCAAAUCAUGAUUACAUGCUGAAUGUGAAAAUGGUUGAAAAUUUUAUUGUACAACUAUGAAAAUAUUGUCUAUUCUCCAAUAAUACUCUAUUUUUGUAUAUAUUUUUAAAUAUUAGGAAUUAUGGGAAAUUGGCUGGUUGCAGCUUUCUGGUAGUAUGUUUACUUAUGUGCCCCCUGUUCCAAUCAUUUGUUCUCAUGACUGGAACAACUCAAAUGAACUCAUGUCUAAAUAGAUGAUUGACUUUUUAAUAUAGUCCUACACCUGAGGGACAGCAGCUGCUAGUGCUGAGAUGUCAGCAUGUUUAUUUUUACUGCACACUCGAAGCCUUAUUUUUUUGCUGAAGUGAUUCUGAAGGGUAAUAAAUAUAAUGCAUACUUGAACAGUACAUCCUUGUUUUGUCAUUGUAAAAGCAGUAAAAGUAUGCUUCAAUUUUCCAGUUUUGUAUAUAAUUAUAUGCAUACAGCUUUCAUACAAAAAAAAUGCAGAGCUCAAAUAAUGCAAAGAAAACAAGUUCGUUUUUAUUCAAUUUUAAGAAUUCAGAAAUCAAUAUUUGAUGGAAUAACCCUGCUUUUUAAUUACAGUUUUCAUGCAUAUUGGCGUGUUCUCCUCCACCAGUCCUGCACACUGCUUUUGGAUAACUUUAUGCCACUCCUGGUGCAAAAAUUCAAGCAGUUCAGUUUGGUUUGUUGGCUUGUGAUCAUCCAUCUUCCUCCUGAUUAUAUUCCAGAGGUUUUCAAUUUGGUAGAAUCAAGGAAACUUGUCAUGUAUAGUUUCCUGUCAGAGCAGAAGUGACACAGAGAGGGCACAAUAGAAAAACACGUCUGUUUUUCAGUUCAGUAAAAUUAUCCAGCUGGUAAUACAGCACUGUUCAAAUAUCAGAUACCAACUUUCAUUUACAAAUUCUACCUUAUUUAUAAUAAGUUUCAUCUGGAGAAAUAAAAGGAAGUGAAAUAAUACUGGAAUACUGGCAAUCCUGCAUCUAACAAAAGGAGGACCACAAAUAGAGCCUAGCCCAUUUCUUUAACUAUAUUCUAAUUAAGCACUACAUUCCAAUAUCUUCCAGGGGUCAUCAGACGGGCACAUAUUUAACAGAACAUUACAAAGAAGCCUCUGCAGCUAAAUAUAAUGUUAGAUGUUUCAAUGUUUAUUACUUUCACUGUCCACUUUAGUACAACUUCCAUUGUAUUAAUUUUGUUGCUUUUUCAUUUAUACUUUGGUAGUGUCAAAAUUUUCUGUCCCAACAGUUUCAAAUGUUCUUUUUUUUUUCUCUUUUCCUAAGAAGAGUUUCUUAAUCAUCUCCACAUCCUUUUAGACCCACAGUGUUGACUGUUUUCUCCCAGUAGAGGGAUGGAUAUAAAUGUGCACUUUUAAAUGUUUUUAGAUCUGAAGUGAGAGUGGAACUUGAUUCUCUCCUCUUUCUCAAAGGUGAAUGCUUUAAUUGUUGUUUAUCUGAUGGGAACGGUUCUGGAAGUCUCUGUUGUUUGUUUGAAGUCCUGUGUUCUCUGUACCAUUCAAUCUUUAAUUUAGGAAACUCCUGUUUUUUUAUCCAUUUUCCAUUGACUUUCUUUUAUUAGAAAGUGGGUUAUCUCAUAUUUAAUAUAUCCUGACAAUAAAUAAAUAAUUUUAUUAAACAUUCAAUAGCAAGAAAUUGGCAAACUAUUAAGCAAAUGAAGGUUGAGGUCAUUGCACAGUACUCUAUGUUUGAUAUUGAAAGCUUGGCAAUGUAAUGGUGUAUUGCUUUGCAGUCGAAACAUGAACGUUUCAUUCUAGAAUAUUUUGUAUCUACAAUAAACCUUCUGUUAUAGUA